AUGACGAUCCGAGAUUCUCCAUCCACCCGCGAUGGCAAAAAGCUAGCAGAUACAUGUGCAUCUGUCUCAAAUCCGGCUUACAGACAGUUCGAAAGUCUCGAACCGGAUAUCGUCUUCACUGGCACUGUCCCCACGCAUUGGGCUAUGAUGUACGUUGACAGAUCUGGAAAUGUCAGAGAAAUGUCAAAUCUACCUACUCCUGUUUUUGAUUCCCGUGCGCGAAACGCAUUUGCAUACGCUCAAGGUCUUUUGCCAAAUGGGCAAAACUCUUUGCCUUCUCCGCAUACAGCCUACCGUCCCGGCCACAGGGGCCAUUCUUCACGGGCAGGACGAUCGAAGCGACGAAGAACUGGAUUCCGCGAGGAGCCUCUUACUGUUGAGGUUGUUGAAGCUUUUGAAGAUCCAGAAGAUCAGAUCCCUCUAGAAAUAGGGGAUACGAAGAAAGUCACCGCCUUUUAUACAAUGGCUUUCAAACGACUGCAGCAGAUCAAUUGCCGUCUAUUGGCUAAAAACAUGAUCAAAAUCAUCGAGCCUCGUAAGCAGGUCAAACACCCAUACAACGGUGGAAGAAAACCGGGCGGAGCACCUGGUGAAAAGGGAGAUCCCGAAGACACAAAACCUGACUGGUGGCCUCGCGAUGUCAUACAUAAGGAGCCUGACCAUAUCAAGAAAGAAUAUCGUGUAAAGCUUCUCGUUCAUCUCGUUCAAAACCUUCUCCCGAUGGGAAUAACAGCAGAUUGUCUCGAGGAAGCUGUCGGUGACACCAGGAGACAUCUCGUACCUGAAGAUAAAGCCCCAGAAAAAGCAGCGAUAUUAGAAGAGAUCAUCCGUGUAAGAAGGAUUGAGGAACGGUAUCUAAGGAAUGAGAUUGAUGGAACCACACAAGUUUACGUUACCGACCACGACGGAGCUAGGAGAGGAGAAGAUGAAUCCGAUGAUGAUUCGGAUCCUAAAGUAAUCACGCCUCCUCAGAGUGUCACUUCCUCGCCACAGAUGCAGCAGCUCGAAGCUUCUCAGAGUCCUCUAGAAGUGACCAGUAUACCCCAGCACGUAUCGCCACUGGAAACUACAUCGGGCUUUCAAAUGCCUCCCGAUCUAAGCUUUGCGAACCCGGGACAGCGCACACCAGAAUAUAUAUCUACGCAGCCAGAGUUUCAUCGCAACUUGGCUCAUACACCACUAGCAGGCCCGCUGCUGACUCCCACCCACAACCAAUUCAUGGAUCAUUCACAAUUCGCAGAGACAAGUCCGACAAACCAUCUACACGCUGUUGGCCCAACUCAUGCACAAGCAGAUCCUUCUGCACCAUUUACCGGUUGGUCUCCCGCGUUUCAGCAAAACAUGUUUUCGCCAGUCGAUUACACUAAUGGAGCUGGUCGUCAAAUUCCACAUAUGUCUCCUAUUGCUAUCAAAUACACCGAACUCUAUUCGGAUUGGAUCGUCAUGUUUCAUCAAUGGCAGCAGCAUGACCCUGAGCAACGCCCCCGUGUGGCGAGGACGCGAACGGGGUGCCUGACAUGCGGAGAAAAGUCCGCUGCAACGAAGUCCACCCCAGAUGUGGACAUUGCUCACGACUACACCUCUCAUGUAGUUGGCCACCGGAUUGUUCUUUCGUUGUGCCAGACGCAGCCAGAUCAACAACAGCAAAUCAUUCCGGAAGCAGAUUUCAAUGAGAUCUUCAACUAUGCGAGCUUCCUCUGGGAUAAUGAUUCCCCCACGAUUUCCUUUCCCACGGGCUCAUCGCCCUUGGACAGCUUGAGUACUCCGCAUGAUCAACUGCAACUAUCCAUGCCUCUAGCUGUGUCGGAGACCAUUAAAAGAACCGCUUCGACAGUCGUCCCACCUUUGUUCAUGAGUGACAGAUGGAUUGGUGAUAAUGGCAACUUCGUACCUGCCGGCUCUAGUGUCGAUGUCAGCGAGUCCGAAUUGUCGGACUAUUUCGCUCGGUCUACUGCUCCACCUAUUCUGGCUCCACUAGAGACAAGCUCUCGAUGGUCGCGGAUGCGGAAGAUGUUGAUAUAUAUGUGCAAAAAAUCAGAAAUGGUCAAGAAUGCUGUCAUGGCUUUUGCUGCCUUGCAAUUCGAGUCUCCGCGCUCAGGCAGCCGAACCAUACAUACUCAAUACUAUAAUAUAUCACGAGAUAUGCUCACUCGAGUUCUUACCGAGGUCUCUACGGAUCAGAAACGUCUUAUGGUCGAACUGAGACAUAUACUGGCUACCGUAUUUCUGUUGACUUACAUUGAUCUUUUGGAUGAUGAUGUGUUCAAGGCACAUGGUAACUUACGAGAUGCCUUUCAUGUGAUUCAACGGGUCCGGAUUGAAAAUCUUAGCCUAACAGAAAAAUGUCUAGUAUCCUGGUUGCGGCUCCUCGAUGGCCGCGCCGUGAGUGCUGGAGGAGAGGGCCUCUUUCUGGACGAAGAUGAUCAUAAUAUACCACCUGACAUGGAAUCGCCUCCUGACACCGUUGAAGGUGGUCUAGAAAACGCGGAGACUAUACUAGAGGACGUUCUCACGCGCCCGGCUUCGUCCUUCUUCCAAAAAGUGCAAUCCUUCAUGGGUCGCAUUUCACGAAUCGACCCUUGGCACCGCUCGCGCGGCACUGUGGACGACGAGACUGAGGUCAUGAUUAUUGCUCAAAAGAUUAGCAAGGAUAUCAAGGCCCUUUGGCACCAACGACCGUCACUCAUGGACCAUGCCGUUGCAUGCAAAUUAGUGCCGCCAUUACUUUCUCCAUCGUUAGCAAACACAUUAUCGAGAGCGCUGAUGGUAUGCUACGCCAAUUAUCAUGCUUCUUUUGUGCAUCUGCAUCGAGUCGCGUAUAAGAAUCUUCCACGAACACCGGACGUCGAAACAGCCCUCUGCGCCAUUCAGGAAGUCACAGAGAACCUGAUGCGCACACCACACAGUAUCCAGGACAUGGCGACCACGAACACAAUCGAGCCCGUUUCGGAACUUACUUCAAGCAGUCCCCCCUUACCAAUUAACAUGCUCUGGCCUCUCUUGAUGCUCGGCGUGGAAUCAGACGAUGUGCACCAACGGGCAUGGGUCGUCGCAGCAAUGAAGAGCAUGGAAAGCAUCGUUUCCAAUGCUGGGAUUACGGCCGAUGUGCUGGAGGAAGUGAUCAGACGACAGGAUGAGGCGGGGCAGAGGAUGGACAUUCGGCAGGUUAUGCAUGACACUUUUACGAGGGCUUUUGCUAUUGUCUAA